UGUGAAGCCAGCCAACGGUAGCUUUGUUAACAUUACUCUGAACCACUAUCUGGAAAUUUCAUGUAAAGAUUUUACAAAAGGCUAUAGAGAGUGAUAUGCCAUGGGGUACGACGUUACCCGGUUCCAAGGAGACAUAGAUGAAGAUCUUCUCUGUCCCAUCUGCAGUGGAGUUUUAGAAGAGCCUGUUCAGGCUCCGAAUUGUGAACAUGCCUUCUGUAACGCCUGCAUCACGCAGUGGUUCGCCCAGCAGCAAACCUGUCCCGUCGACCGCUCCCUGGUCACGCUGGCCCACCUGCGGCCCGUGCCUCGCAUCAUGCGGAACAUGCUGUCCAAGCUGCAGCUAACCUGCGAGAACGCCCCCUAUGGGUGCAGCGCCAUACUGCGCCUAGACCAGCUGCAGGCCCACUCCAGGACCUGUGAGCACAACCCCAAGAAACCUGUCAUGUGUGAUAAAGGCUGUGGGCUGGAGAUGCCCAAAGACGAGUUGUCCGGUCAUAACUGCAUCCAGCACCUCCGCGGUGUGGUGCAGCAGCAGCAGAGCAAGAUCGCUGAGUUAGAGAAAAUGGCUGCUGAGCACAAACACCAGCUUGGAGAGCAGAGGCGAGAUAUCCAGCUCCUGAAGGCCUAUAUGAGAGCCAUCCGCAGUGCUAACCCCAACCUACAGAAUCUGGAGGAGACCAUCGAGUAUAAUGAGAUUUUAGAGUGGGUGGGAUCCCUGCAGCCAGCCCGUGUGACGCGCUGGGGUGGGAUGAUCUCCACGCCGGACGCUGUCCUUCAGGCUGUCAUAAAACGCUCGCUAGUGGACAGCGGCUGCCCCGCCUCCAUCGUCAACGACCUCAUCGAGAACGCUCACGAGCGGAACUGGCCCAGCGGCCUCGCCACGCUGGAGACCAGGCAAAUGAACCGCCGCUACUACGAGAACUACGUCGCCAAGCGUAUCCCGGGGAAACAGGCUGUGGUGGUUCUGGCCUGUGAAAACCAGCACAUGGGCGAGGACAUGAUCCUAGAACCUGGACUGGUCAUGAUCUUUGCCCACGGAGUGGAGGAGAUUUCAUAAACAACACGUAGCCAACACAACUGGAAAUCGGACUAUAGCUGCUUCACAGUUUUGCUUAGAUACCGCAACUGAAGGAGGUGGCAUGAUAAACAUCCUCACUGCUGAUUGUAUCUGGGUUGCUUCUGCAGUAAAUAUGUUUCACAUGCAGGGCAGCUCACCCAGUAGAUGCUGAAAGAGUUGGGAGAAUAUCUCACAAUCCCAGUAGAUGCUGGGAGAGUUAUCCCACUAUCCUGAUGAUGAUAUCUUCUUAGUCCCUUUGACUGGAGAAUGCUGAUUUGUAAUGAGCGCAUGGGUUUAAGCAAUAUGGUUCUGCAAUGGGUGUGACGCCUUGUUUGCGCUAAAACAUGGGUUUUUUUGUUUGUUUUUUUUGCUUUCAUUCAUCCCUUAUUGUCAAAUUAAAUGAUCUUCAAGGAAAUGACGGUAGGGAGUAAAUUCCAUUUCUCAGAGACGAUCUUGAAGGUUGGGAACAUUUGGGAGAUAUGUGUUCUCCAGGGCAUAAAGACGAUUACAGCUAGAUCGGAAUCCGUGAACAUGAUGCCAAAUUGCUACAGGUUAAGUUGUAAAGGAGCCAGAAACCAGAAGUCAUGAAGGAUUAA